UAAACAUAGUGUAUACCGGCGCUUAAACGACUCUCAAUGUCGUUGAUCAGUGAAACUCAUCUGAACGAAACAAUAAAAAUGCGUUUGUGACCAGAGCGCCACAGAAGGUUAUUUCUGUAUUACACUGGAUAUAUUUUUUUUUUAAAUGCUGUGAGUGAUUUUCCCUUGAAGAAAAAAAGACACCAGGAGAUUUGCAAGGAAUGUAAAGCUCCACAACAUCUCUGAGCUCCUCGUGUGUUUGUGUUUGUUUGGAGAAAACGCUUCACUGUGUCACGGUUGAUUUCUCCCUCUGGCAGAAUGAAGAAACUGCCGGUCUUCGCCCUGCUCCUGUGGAUCUGUUGUGUGUUUUAUGUUGGUAUUUUCCUCUUUGUUGGCGGUUUCCUUUUGGUUCGUCUGGAGGUCAACAGGACGAGCAGCUGCGAGGACGUUUUGCCUCCUUCCUCUAACUCUACCUCGCCGGACUUCUGCCACAAGCUUCCUCGUGUGCGCAGGGUCGUCAUCCUCGUCGUUGAUGCCCUGAAAGCAGAUUUUGCUCGCUACGACCCGGGAAACGUUUCCCCCAGACCGUUUGAGAACAAGCUGCCCGUGCUGGGUGAGAUGGCGUCUUCUCAGCCGUCACACACCAGGCUGUACACGUUCAGAGCAGAUCCUCCCACCACAACCAUGCAGAGGAUAAAAGGCUUCACCACCGGAUCCCUGCCCACCUUCAUAGACGUGGGGAACAACUUCGCCUCCAGCGCCGUGCUGGAAGAUAACCUGAUUGACCAGCUUGGUCAGGCAGGGAAGCGAGUCGUCUUCAUGGGAGACGACACCUGGGUCAGUUUGUUCCCCAGAAAGUUCCACCGCUCGCUGCCUUUCCCGUCCUUCAACGUCAAGGAUCUGCACACUGUGGACAACGGAAUCCUCCAGAACAUCUUUCCCACCAUGGAUGGAGAUGACUGGGACGUGCUGAUCGCUCACUUCCUGGGGGUGGAUCACUGCGGCCACCGCUUCGGCCCCGACCACCCGGCCAUGGCAGAGAAGCUCACUCAGAUGGACGGAGUGAUCAGGUCAGUGAUAAAGCGUCUGCAGGAAGACACUCUGUUAGUGGUGAUGGGAGAUCACGGGAUGACGGACACCGGAGAUCACGGAGGAGAAAGUCAAAAGGAAACGGACGCUGCUCUGUUUCUCUACAGUGGCUCACCUCUGUUCCCAGCUCGUGACACACAGCAGGUGGAGCCAGAGGUGGUGCCUCAGACCGAUUUAGUGCCUACUCUGGCCUUGCUGCUGGGAAUUCCCAUCCCCUACAGCAGCAUGGGGCAGGUGAUGCUCCCGCUAUUCCCGAGCUCCCUAGAUGCACCUGUGGGUCUCAGCCAGGGUGAGGCGCUGUGGAUCAACGUCAAACAGGUUCAUCGGUUUUUGGAGACCUACUCCAGCAUGGCCAAAGACAUUCCAGAGGACAGUUUGUCUCAACUGCGGACUCGCUUCUCCCAGAUCUCUGAUCAGUACAUGAGCUCAAUACAUGAUGGAACUCCUGCUCCUCCUCAACUGGUGGCCUCCAUGCAGGAAUACCUAAGCUCCGUUAGAGAGACCUGUCGUGCCUCAUGGGCUCGCUUCAACCCUCUGAAGAUGGCAGCAGGCCUUCUUGUGUUGGGUUUUGGGUGCAUCUUGUGCUACAUUAUUUCAGAACUGUCUGUUGUGGUCCUUCAAGGUGCUAUGUUGAAGACUCCGGUGCUUGCUGGGCUGUUGGUUGGGGGAGUGGUAGCUGUGGGUCAAAUAUUCUUUUUGGGAUUUGCAGAAGUUUCGUGGUGUUUAGGAGCUGCUGUGUUGUGUUCUGAGGCUUUAUUCCUGUGGCUAGCAAGGAGGGCCAGUCCUCGUGGGCGAUUGUUUCACUGGCGCCUUUUAACUCCGCCACUGCUCGCGCUUCUUCUGCGCUGUGCAUCCUUGCUUUCAGACAGCUAUGUAAUCUCUGAGGGGCGUGUGGUCACGUUCUUACUGUUCAGCCUUGGCCUCUACGUCCCAUUUCAGCUCAACUGGGAUGGACUUCUGCUGCCUUCACCAUCUAGUGAUACUCAGAAACCUCAGAGCCUUCUAGCACCUUCGUUGCCUCCUUCGGUUGUCCGGCGCGAGAGUGGCACUUUGCUUGUUUGCACAGGAGUCUUGGUGGCAUGUCUCUACCUGUCUCUGUCGUUCCACAGUUGCCGUGAAGAACAGGGUACCUGCCAGCCUUCAGUCUUCUUGACGCCACUCUCACGUGUUCAGGAUAGUCGUCUGCGCAACUUGCACUACAUCUUGUCCCUGGCAUCACUUUCUGCCUGGUCAUUCUUGCUACAUCGUUGGUUGCGUCACUACGGAAACCUGAAUUGCAAAGGUGUGUGUGUGUUUACAGCACGCUGCUUGCUUCCUCUUGCCUCUGUCUGCAUGGGACUUCACUGGGCGGUCAGCGCAACUCCAGAGGACACCUUCAGGAACCUGGCAGAGCUCAUUAGACUGGCGCAGGUGAUCCUGCCACGUCUUGUCUUCGGUCUCCUCGGACUCGGGAUGUUGCUUUUGUGGCUGGACCCACUUACGGUCUUUCUAAAGUCACGAGCACCUUUGAACUCUCGGAGUUCCAUCAUGCCUCCACCGAGGUACCGUGCAAGCACUGGAAUCAGUCCUCAGGCAGAGCUGCACCAUCUUAUACCGCAGUUAUAUCAGCGCAUACGCCAGUCGCUUGACGAUGAAGGGACCCAUGGGUCCGAUCCUGAUGGACGGCCAGCAGUAGAAGCCUACGGAUUGGGCACUGUCUACUCUGCACCCCUGAUUUUACUAUGUGGUCUGAUGGGCCUUGGGAUGCUGCUGCUACACCCUGAAGGCAUGGCACUGGCCUUCAUGUUGCUGUUGUUGCAGGCUGCAGCUCUCCUUCAUCUUCAUGCUUCGUCCAGUAAUCUCUCCAGCCAGCAGAGUCACUCCAGUCUCUUUAGUGUUCCUUGGGCUCCUGUGGUUCUGUGGUCUCUGGCUGCCUCACAGUUCUUCCACGCCACAGGUCACCUGCCCACCUUCCCGUCCAUCCAAUGGGGCGCUGCGUUUGUGGGUUUCCCUCAGGGACACACGGGCACCGCACUGCCCGCCUCGCUCAUCACCCUUAACACCUUCUCCUCACACAUCCUGUUUGCAGUCAGCUGCCCAUUGCUGCUCUUCUGGCCGUUGGUGUGUGAGCUGCGUGGGACUCGAACCAUCCGCUCGGGUGGAGGUAAAGAUGGUGACGAGGUUGUCAUGGAGAUGAGGCUCCAAGCAAACCCUCAACAGUUUAGUUCAGCUUUACUGCAGCUCGCAGCACGCUACUUGUUUAUUAACGGAGUACAGGUUUUGGCAUCAGUUUGUGCUGCUGCUAUUCUGAGGAGACAUCUCAUGGUGUGGAAAGUGUUUGCACCCAAGCUGAUGUUUGAGUCCAGUGCAUUCAUCACGAGCAGCGUGUUUGUGCUUGUCGGGGUCGCCCUGGUUAUGAGGGUGGACGUGGCCGUGGCUCGCUUAUUUCAGAGAAUCCUUCCGGAGAAUUCCAGGUAGUACUGUACCACCACCUCUGUCCCUACAGUUUCAUCCAGUAUCUAUCCAUCAUUAAAGACACGAGACGCACGCGACUGCCAGCACGAUUGACGAAAAUGGUCUCAAAAUGGCCUCCGUCUUUCAGAACUCUGGAGAAACGGACUCCUGCUGAUAUUUUGCUCACACAGAGAAAAAAAACCUGAGCCAUCUGAGAAACUGCUGCCUCAGACCGAGGAGUGUUUUUUUUUUACUGCCAUAGACUGGCUGAUUUACUGAAGGGCUUUUGUAUUAUGAAAACACACACACACACAUUUUGAAUGCUGCUAUGAUAAACGGAGUAAGAAUAGUUGGUCUGUAUUUAAUUUGGAUAACACCUUCGUACAUUACCCAGAAUACUUUCCUACCUGCUGAGAGCGGUGCGGUGGGAUUCUCGCUCUUGUUUUAUCUAUACCUAAAACAUGAUGCAGCGAUGCUUUAAUCCUUUUGUGUGUCCAACUUUCUCACCUCCUUGUCCAACAGAUGAGCUUUGAAAGCUUCAUCUUUUACACUAAUUCCACCAACGGUCUCAGCUCGUCAUCUUACGGAUUGUAAUCCAGCUAAACUUCAUCGUUAUUUAAGAUGAACUGCAUUCUGGGACUCCCGAGUCCAACAUUUGCUCCUCACUACUACCAGCAUUUGAGAAUCGCUAUGUUCUCCAGUUGGGUUUUUUUUUUCCAUGCUGUGAUGUCAGAAAGACACAAAAUCGUUGACUUGUCUUAGAAAUAUACAGAAAAGUGCAACUCCUACAGUACAGGUUAAUUAGCGCCGGAAUCGCUCAGCAUAUCAGAAAUAUUUCAGUAAAAAAGACAUUCAACAUUCCACAGUAUGGAGUUGUUUUAAUGCUGUAGUAUGUUAAUUUAAAAAAAAUAUAUAUUUAAAGCACUAAAACCAUGUGAUUCUUUAAACAUUUCUCAGUGAGUUCAGGCAUAUUACAGCUGCUAUCAUUUCCUCUUUAACUUUUAAUUAGCGUUAAUGUUUCUCAGCUAAUCUCUUCAGGAUAGCCACCUAAUUAAAUCCAGUGUCAGGGUGGAUACUUUACAAUACUUUACAUUGUAUUAUUAUUGUAUUCAGCACAGGUAAGAGCUCACUAGCUUUACCGUUGCAGUGAGCAAUUCCAUAGGAUUCGGUUUGUAUUAAUGUUUAUUGAUUUGUAUUGGCAUUUAUAUUUGUGUUGUUUUUUUUUUUUACUUUAUUUUAUUUUAUGCUAUUUUAUGUUUAAAAAAAAUCAAAGCUAAAUUUUGUACUUGGUAUGAUGAGAUAAGAACGGUUGAGGGAAUCAUGAGAUUGGGUUUAUUGUAGCCAUAACACAAUCGUGUGUGUGUGUGUGUGGGUGUGUGUGUGUGUGGAGGGAGGGAAGUAUUUUGUCUUAAUGAAAAAGAAGCCGGUCUGUUUAUACGCUCGGAAAGAAAUGCGAAUGAUUUUUUUAAAUUGUCCUUAAUUGGAUGAAAUUAAAUAUGAAUGAGGGAGAAGUCAAAUAAAAAUUUCUACUUUGAAAA